AUGCUGUUGAAUACGCGCACCUUGAUGCUGUGGUGGAGGAAGUAUAUGAGCGUAGUGCUUGCAGGUUUCUGCUUAUAUUGGCGUGGCUGUAUUUGGGGAGACCAUGAGGUCAAUCGCUAUGACACUAGAGGCAAAAACCACAACGAUACUCUGGACUUAGAUAAAGAAUAUUGCCUUGUCAACGUCCGUCGCAUUCCGGAGAAACCCCAAUCUAGUCCCGAACGCGAGUGGUCACUUAUCGGAAAGAAUGGGAUAUUCUGGGCUGAGAAACUUGUUGGAGCCAUGUCGUGUUUCCCGCUGGUUGAAGUUGUUAGUGGUGUUGCUUCCUUGAGGAAUAGGGCUUCGCUGUUGAUGCGGAGGAAGCCUGCAAAGAAUGGACAUUAUAAUAGCGAUAAGUGUCGAGAACCAUUCUCUCGCUCCGAUAUCACCUGGUUGAACUUCGAUUUCCUCGCUUCUUUGUCCGACUCUGUUUUCGAAUUGACCCUAGAUCUGGAUUUCCCCCGCCUUUCUUCCCUGCUCCCGGAUACUGAGAGGAGGUGCUGCAGUCGAUACUGCGGAGAUUGGAACUGUGAAAGUCAUUCCUUUGACACUUUCGCAUUUAAAAUCGACGGAUAUAUUAACGUUGAUAGUGCCUGGGCAUCCUCUUGUGGAGUUUCUCUCCUGUCAGCUGGUGCUUUAAUGGCACCCUUUGACAAUGUCUAUUUCGGAACUGCAGACGUCGAAUGGCCCGCAGUCACACCCGUGAUGCCGCCGUCAUGCAAAGCUCGGGACUUAACCGCCUGCGGUUACAAACCCUUCUCUGAAUACGAGCAGCUUCCAAGGUACAAUUUGCUUAUCAACGAUCCUUUGGACGUGAAAAACCCGGAUCGGAAGAACGCGAUGGAUGAAAGUCAAAGUGUGGUCUCUACAGAGAGUGACAAGACGUCGUUGACUAGGGAUAAUCCAGGCGACGGUUUCGUAAGCGAAGUUUAUCAUAAAGUCCCGCCCCAACGUCUGCAAGGCUCGCAUGGAAAACUCUCGUCACUGCGCGACGUACUUUGGGUGCAGUUCUCUGAAGAACAAUUGCGACUAUGUUUCAUAAUCGGCAACCUUCCAUUUCAGGCAGGACUCGGAAAGCCGUCGAAGUCUGGAACCACUGCGAACACUGGAUUAGUGCAGAUUCUAUGCUUUGCAGUUCAAUCACUCGACUGCGAUUGGUUGUGUGUUUCUGUAGUGCAGCCCAGGAUGCGGCCGUUCAUGCGGCCAGUGGAGCCAGGUGGGGUGCGGUUUCAUGACGAGCUAGAGUGUAGGAAUAGGUUACAAGGCAAGCCGACGGACCACCUGCGAGGAGUACGAAGCGGAAAGCCGCAGGAGCGGUGUCAUCGUGAGAUGCAGGAUCUCGUAAGCGCCCACCUUUUCCCGCCCCUCGUUGACUUCAUCCUGCGCGCGGACUGGACAAUUUCGUCCGACCUGCCUCGAUUCUUAACGCUGAGGAGAAAUCUCUCGAGCGCCAUGUCUACCGUAUGCCCUGGCCACCUGAACUGCGGUGCUUUUGCUAAGACACUCUCCCCGAUCCACAUGCCGCUUCUAAACCAUAUGCGACAACUUGGCCCAUUGCUAGCUUUGAUGAGCCAGGAAAGUGCCCAACCCCGGGCAAGAGAAGAUAGCGCAUUAGCGCACGACACUUGCGAUGCGAGGGGUUUCAUUGACAUCGAUAAUUCACGACCUGCGAAGAGUACAUUUACCCCACUAUGCUUCCUUGCAUAUAUUCGGGGACUUCGAUUUCAUGAUGAGAAGUAUGCAUCUACCGCCUUGUACUUUGGACUCCCCACAUUGAUCCCUCACAUGCACCUAAAAUUGAACGCCUUCAUCUGCUUCCACAACGAAUCUAUGUCUACAGUGGAUCUCUCUCACAACGCACGAUUAUGGUCAGCUUCCGCCCUGCGAAUCGGAGGCUCUAACAUCCCAGUUACCCCACAAAAUCUGUAUGCAUUCAUCCUACCCUGUUUGGCGUGCUAUCCGGUUCUCAAUAACCGCUUCGACUUUAAGCCACGGCUGUUUAAUGCCCUGGCAUUGACCAUCUCGAUCCCAGCCCCGAUACCUGGCGCCUUGCGUCCUUCGCAAUGGUUCCACAACAUUCAAACCCCAAUUGAUGUCACCAUCUCCGCACGGAAAUCUUAG